CAAUCGCAGUCGAUCGACCCCCGUUACCUGUCGACCGUCACCGCUCGUGGCCCCACCGAUGCCCGGCGCAAAACUAUCGACCGCAAGACCGAUUACGUCCUCUCAUACUCGCAUCGUCACCCAGCUACCUCGGCACUCUAUAAACGGCUUGAAGAAGCAAAUAUGGGAGAUGUUGGGCAUACCAUGGACGCGUUCACCAAGCGGACUGCCCUUUUCUCUGGCUUCGAAAUAAAGCCUGCUUCCGGCGAUCAAACCGAGGCCGAAUUGCAGAUCAGCAUAUGGUCAGCUGCGUCUAUCCGCAAGAAGCAGGAACUUGCAAGCUUGGCUCAGCUUUCCAUCGAGAACGCAGCAAUGGUCGAACCCAUGUUCACUAUUGUUGGACACGAACACCAUGUUUACUAUUGUUAUCCCCGCAACAAUCUCGUUUCGGGAAGAAGCGGUGUCCACGUGCUUGGACCAGACCUUGAUCGAUUUGAACGACUUAGUACGGAUUCUGUGCGCGGAAUCUUUCGACUGCUCAGACUGUAUAGAAAUGUUCUGGCUUACGGAAUGGACGAGGAAGAUAAUCGGUAUUGGGGCGGGGUUCUUGGGAAAACGUUGACCCGGCUAGCUGGAAUGUCUGAGGUGAAUACGGGUCAGCCUGGUUGA